GCGCGGUGGCGUUCCCGUUCACGGAAGCACCUGCGCUGUUGUCAUGGAUGGAACGUUCGCAUCCGUGCUUAUUGUCCCCGUGUUUCAGUCAGAAAUAACGUGCCUUCGCGUAAAUCGUUUACAUGUUCAAACGCUUCAGGUGGCAGAAUGCUGAGCUAUGUAUUCGUCGCGUUUUUAUCAGUGGCUGCGUUGUUUCUCCUUCCUCCCGAGUGGUCCUUUAAAUUUGGAACUGCGCCGGCCCCGGGGCCCCCUGCUCGGCUCCUGAGCACCCGGGAACUGUCACAGUACGACGGGGAAGAAGGCAGCAAGGGCCUGUACCUGGCUAUCCUGGGGCAGGUUUUUGAUGUACACAAAGGACACAAGCACUAUGGACCUGGCGGUGCUUAUCACUUUAUGGCAGGCAAAGAUGCCUCUCUGGCCUUCAUCACAGGGGACUUCACUGAAGGCGGCCUGUCGGAUGAUGUGUCCAGUCUGUCCCCACUGCAGAUGAUGGCCCUCUAUGACUGGCUGGCUUUUUAUCAGAGGGACUAUCCAUCUGUAGGUCUGUUAAUAGGCCGGUUCUACAGCGAGACUGGGCAGCCCACACAGGCCCUGCUGCAGGCGGAAGCAGCACUAGCAGAGGGCCAACAAAUCAAGGCCCAAACUGAGGCUGAGACGUUACGCUUCCCAGCCUGCAACUCACAGUGGAGUGCUGAUAGGGGAGGAAGAGUCUGGUGCUCCACUAAGAGUGGUGGAGUGGAAAGAAGCUGGACGGGUGUCCCACGGAAGCUCUUCUCUCCAGGCUCCAGUGGCGUUCGCUGUGUCUGUGUCGAAGAUCCAUCUGCGGCAGAGGAAGACCCCAACCUGCUGAAGUAUGAUGGCUGCCCUCCAAAUGCUGACUCAUGCUUUGUUGGAGAGUUCUAGUCUGAAAUGGACCUAUUCAUGGCUUACUUUUUUUUUUACAGCACAAAACUCAGGAAAACACAGACACUUUAGCUGGUGAAUCACAGCGGUCAACUUAUGCAUAAAUAAAAAAGGAAGAAUAA